AUGCUCGCCCGGAUAGCGCUGCAGACAGCACGAGCGCCGUUCGCGGCCACCGCCUCGUCCUCGCUCCUCCCGCUCGCAUCGACCUCGUCCGCACCGGCCGCCGCCCUGCCAGCGCAUGCACGGCUCUUCUCGUCCACCGCACCCGCAGGCGAGAACAAAGCCAAGCGCAAGGCGCGCAUGACCCGCAAGGCCAACCUCGACAAGAAGGCGGCCCUCGUUCGCGAAUUCGAACGGACCCGCCCCGAUCCUGUGCUCGGCUACCAGCGGGGACACGACCACCUGUGGGAGAACUGUCUGCUGAACAAGGUCACGAUCAAGCGCGAGGAUGUGUGGGGCGAGAUCAUCCCUGUCGAGGACUCGGGCGCAGCGGCGGCGGCGGCAGCAGAGGCAGAAGCAGCAAAGGCAGGCGAGGGUGAGGCGAAGGACGGAGCGGCCGCACAAACGCAACGGCGGGAACCGUACGUGCCCAAGUACUUCAACUUUGGCCUCGACGCCGAGAUGGUCCAGCAACUCUCCGACGCCCUCCCCGCGACGAGCGCUCUCAAGUCGACUCUCGGCGAUAAGGCGACGUCGGUCGAUGCCGUCCUGCUGUCCCGCUUCGAGGAGGCCAACGCGCUCGAGGCGCAGAAGCGCGAGCAGUUGAUGCGCAUCCUCGACUUGCGCAACGCCGACUCGAAGGGUAUCGAGAGCUACAACAAGCGGCAAAUCGUGCAGAUGUUUGGGCGGGCCGAGGGAGACACCGGUUCGUCAGAAGUGCAGGCCGCCAUCCUCACGCUCCGCAUCCGCAGCAUCUUCGAACACCUCAAAGCCUCUCCGCGAGACGUCGAGAACCGCCAAGCGCUGCGCCAGCUCGUCCACAAGCGCGGCAAGAUUCUCAAGUACCUCCGCAACGUCUCGGUCACGCGGUACGAGGACGUGCUGCUCAAGAUUGGAGUCGAGCCGAGGGCGGUCGAGGGCGAGAUCAUCAUGCGCAAGAACGAGUUGCGGUCGCUCAUCAGGGGUAUCGACGUCUAG